ACCGGAACAACUACACGAAGAACCCGAAGCGAGUGGUCUGCUACCUGGGCACCUGGUCGGUGUACCACAAGAUCGACCCCUUCGAGAUUGAGGACAUUGACGUGCACCGGUGCACUCACGUCAACUACGGCUUCGCCAAGAUUGACGAGUACAAGUACACCAUUCAGGUCUUUGACCCGUACCAAGACGACUCCGCCAACCCAUGGGACAAGAAGGGCUACCAGCGUUUCAACAACUUGAGGAAGGUCAACCCCGAGCUGACAACGAUGAUCUCUCUCGGUGGUUGGUACGAGGGCAGUGAGAAGUACUCGGACAUGGCGCGGAACCCCACCUACCGCAAGAACUUCGUCGACUCUGUGAUCGCCUUCCUGGCCAAGUACGACUUUGACGGUCUUGACCUCGACUGGGAGUUCCCGGGCAGUCGUCUGGGCGACCCUGCCGUCGAUGCCACCAACUUUCUGGAGCUGGUCCGCGAACUGAAGACGGCUUUUGAGCCGCACGGAUACCUGCUGACGGCGGCCAUGUCUCCGGGCAAGGACAAGAUCGAUCUGGCGUAUCACAUCAAAGAGCUCAAUGAGCUUUUUGACUUCAUGAACAUCAUGACGUAA